CAUUUCCUGUUUUUAGCCCAUGAUAGACUCGUGGAUAUCAUUGACUGUGAUAUUGUGAUGUUGUACAAGUUAAAAUCAUGAGUAUUCUCAGUUGCUCUAAGAAACUGGUAUCAUCAGUGUUUAAAAGUAGCGUUUUACUGGAGCAAACGGGUCUUUUUAGAAGCGUCUGUUCGGUCUCCAAGACUCGUUUUACAGCAAAUGUAUCAUCAUGUCACCAAUGGCAUCAUGUAUUCACCCGUCACUUAGGCACAAAAAGAUUUUAUUCAGAGAUGUGUAGUGAAAACAGUAAUUCAAAGAGGAGCACUGUCGUGUCUCAAGAGGAAUCACAUGAGAAGGACAGUGACAGCAGUCACCCGAGUCAAAAGUCCUCUGAGAAAUUCACUGUCGAUGUGCUGGUGUCUCUACUGCGUCAGGAAAAUGCAGUGGACAUCUGUGUGAUUAAAGUACCAGAACAGAUCAAAUACGCAGAGUACUUCAUUGUUGUCAGUGGUGUAUCACCAAGACACCUCCGCGCAAUGGCACUUUAUGCCAUUAAAGUGUACAAGUUUCUGAAGAAAGAUGGAGAGCUGAAUGUCAAGAUUGAAGGAAAGGAUGCAGAGGACUGGAUGUGUAUUGACUUCGGGAAUUUGGUUGUUCACUUCAUGCUGCCAGAGACCAGAGAAGUGUAUGAACUGGAGAAACUCUGGACUCUCCGCACCUUUGAUGAGCAGCUGAAGAGCAUCCCUGCUGAGACGCUACCAGAAGACUUCAUAUAUGAUGUUGAAGUCGCAAAGUGACAACACAAGACAAAUCAUCUAAGUUGUGCACAGACUUUACUGCUUCGUUGUAACUUUGAAUGCAUCCUUUCCUAUCCCUGUGAGGAGAAGUAAAAAGUGUUUGUUUGUUUGUCAGUUAAAUUAUCUUUGGACAAAAAACAACAUUUUGUGUUUGGAGUUGGAAUUGUAUACACCUUUCUUAUUCAUAUUAUUUGACCAUCACAGGGCGUCAGAUGGUAUUUGUAAAAUAACAUUGUUUAUGUUUUGAAUGAUUUUUGAGUCAAUAUGUUGUAACAUAUUUUGAUGGUUAAAAAUAAAUUAUUUUAUUACCAUUCUCAA